AAGUACUUUAAUUCAUCCUAUACACUUCACAUUUGGACGCCACCUAACUCUGGACUAUCAAAAUUCAUAAUAAAAAUUUAAAGCAUUCUACAUCCAGUUAACACACAGGCGGUCAUUUGGUCGCGUUUCGGCCCUAAAUUAUUGUUGUUCGUUGAUUUAAAGUUGGAUCGAUGGCCGGAAAGUUGAAAAUAUGCAUCAUUGGGGCUGAGGGCUGGGGCUCGGCCAUGGCCGCCGUCGUGAGCAACAAUGUCUUGGAGGGAGACUUCGACAGCCGGGUGCAUUUAUAUGUCUACGACGAAAUGAUUCGGGACACUGCCUUAUCGGAGAUCAUAAACACUCGUCACGAGAAUGUCAAGUAUCUGCCUGGGAUCAAGCUGCCCAAUAACCUGAUCGCUGUGAAUGAUCUUUUGGAAGCUGCCCAGAACGCAGAUAUUUUGGUAUUUUCCACCCCGCUGGAGUUCGUGCAAUCCUACUGCAACAUUCUGUCUGGUAAUGUUAAGGAGUCGGCAUUUGCUGUUUCCAUGACCAAAGGAUUGUUGAGCGAGAAUGGCGAGGGGAUUGAGCUUGUAUCACACGCAAUUAGCGAGAGUCUGGAUAUCCCGUGCUACUCCAUGAUGUCCGCACAUAGUGCCAUGGAGAUGGCUCAGGGAAAGCUGUGUGAGGUGACCAUCGGUUGCAGCGAUAAUUCUCAUUCCAAGCUGCUGAUCGCUGCUAUGCAAACCAAUAACUGCAGAGUUAUUUCUGUUAAUGACGUUGACGGGGUGGAGCUGUGUGGAACGCUUACAGACGUCGUUGCCUUGGGAGCGGGUUUCAUAGAUGGUCUGGGUCUGGGUGAGAACGCACGGUUGGCAGCUGUUCACUUGGGUGUCAAGGAAAUUAUGCGGUUUAUUAAGACGUUCUUUCCCUCCUCCAAAAUGUCCACAUUCUAUGAGAGCUGUGGCGUGGCAAACGCGGUGGCUUCCAGCUUAGUCGAUAAAAACGUCACAUUUGCAAAGAGCCUAAUAACAUCAGGCCAAACCAUUGAAGAAAUAGAAGCAAACCUCCACAGUGGCCGCAAGCUUUUGGGCCCCAUGGUGGCCAGUAAUGUGAAUGCAUUUUUGGAGAAUGGGCUUAUGCAACACGAAUUUCCGCUUUUCACGGCCAUCCAUCUUAUAUGCCAAAGAAAGGCUCCGCCGGAACUGAUGGUAGAAGCACUGAGAAACCACCCGGAUCUAAGCAAUUCAUCCAUUUCACAUUUACUGAAACAUGAAAAGGACGAUCUAAAAAUGGACCAAGGCCUGCCCGAACUUAGGACUGCUUUAGAUAGGAUAUUGGCCGAGGCGGGAAACGAAAACUUUAAGCAACUCAAGGUUUUGGACGACUGGACAGAAGUAAACGAUUACGACGUCGAGGAGACGUACCAUGAAAAAGUGGCGUCACGGGAUUCCUGUGUUGAGACCAAAAUCAUGCCAAGCCGUCUGAGUGUGCAAGCUGCUCGGCUCUAUAAUGACAUACGGGAGGGGAAUGUUGGGGUGGCCUUUAAAAUGGACAUCGAUGAAGGCAAUCGCCAAGUGCGGCUCUUGCUAGAGAAGGAAGACGAAAUGGCUAGCGAUGCAGCCAUGACAGUAAUUUCAUCAAGAUUGUCUGCAGGCCAAGAGGAUGACAAUGUCAGGAUGGGCCACGGACACAUAACGAACACUUCCGCGGAAUCCGAUCAUAUGGCCAGCAAAGGCAUUCCCAGUGGCUUGACUACGAAGGAUUCGCCUGAUGUCCUGGAUCUGAGUUGCGAAUCCGAGCCACUGCAUUCGUCAAAACAAAAUAGCCAGCAGAUGGAGAAUGCGGAGACAAAUUUCACGGAGCGUUUAAAAGUGAAUCAACUGAAAGAGCAGAUUGAUAAACAAGAAGCGGCAAAUUUUAAAGCACAAGAAAAUCUUAUAAAAUCUAUCAGACAAACAAUUCAAGCUCUCGGUGAUAAAGAAAAAAUGGAAAACCUAAUCGCAAAAAGCAAAAUGGAGGAGGACCCCUUCCAACUGAAAAGCCAAGUUGAAGGUGAGUCUUCGCAACUGAAAAGCCAAGUUGAAGGGGAGUCUUCGCAACUGAAAAGCCAAGUUGAAGGGGAGUCUUCGCAACUGAAAAGCCAAGUUGAAGGGGAGUCUUUGCAACUGAAAAGCCAAGUUGAAGGGGAGUCUUCGCAACUGAAAAGCCAAGUUGAAGGGGAGUCUUUGCAACUGAAAAGCCAAGUUGAAGGGGAGUCUUCGCAACUGAAAAGCCAAGUUGAAGGGGAGUCUUCGCAACUGAAAAGCCAAGUUGAAGGGGAGUCUUUGCAACUGAAAAGCCAAGUUGAAGGGGAGUCUUCGCAACUGAAAAGCCAAGUUGAAGGGGAGUCUUUGCAAGUGAAAAGCCAAGUUGAAGGGGAAGCUUAUGAACCAAGAAGCCAAACAGAGGAGGAACCAUCUCAAAUUAGAAGCCAACUAGAUGAGGAAUCUGCUAAACUAAAAAGCCUAAUGGACGAAGAAAAUAGGCAGCUUGAAAGUGAAAUGCAAGACGAGAGAAGCCUAUGGAAAAGUUCGGCAGAUAAAUCCGAAUUUGUUGGAUACAACGCGGAGGAAGAGCAAUCCAUUGAAGAAGCAACAGAUAACCAUCAGUAUAAAUUAAGAUCAGAUUCUAAUAAGCUUAAAAAACUUAUGUUCACCGAUUCCGGGGAGCCCUUGGAGUCCGAGAAGCACAUUGAAAUGAAACUUCAAGACGAAAACGACUUUGAUCUGGACGAGGAGCCAGCUAUAGGAAAAAAAGACCGUACUUAUACCAAAGAGAACUUGGAGCUCGAGGAGAUGCUCGAGUGGCAAAAACUAAAGCAAACAGAUAAGCCCCACCAUCUUUAUUCUUCAGCGGAACUGGAAGAUUCAACUACCAUUGAAGGGAACUCCAGGCUUCCGAUAGAGCAUGACGAUAGAUUCCACAAUGUGGAUAGCUAUCAGGAUAGAGAACUCGUUCAAGUAAGGGCUGAGAAUAAAGAGAUUAGCGGAGCCGAGAGCGAAGAGAUCAACUUUAUUAGCGAGCAAAGGCCGAAUCAAACCCAAGAUGAGGUUAACUUGCGCCCCCACAGCGAUAUCAAGUCCGGAGAAACUGGCCACCACGAGUGGGAUUGGCUAAUGAACAAUGAAAAGAUCGAUUCCGACGAGAAGAAGUUUUAUGCCAACGAGCGGAUGGAAACACUUAGCGAAUCUGACCAGGAUAAGCUGCAGAAUCUUAACUAUCAACUAAAGGAAGCCUUGCAGCAUGAUUUGGAUGUGAUGUCCGCAAGCAGGAGUAACGAAUCAAAUGAGGUGCUGUCCGAGGAGGACUCCAAUCCAGAAGCUGCUAAGAAAAUUACGGAGCAACCAAAUAACCCCACUCCAAACCAAAUUCCCGCAGUCCCUUUGCCAGUAACAAUGCCUAGUAAACAAUCUCAUAUCCGUGAAGGCAGUCCACAGUUCCAGAAUCAACCUAAAUCUGUUCCACCACCCUCGCCACAAACAAAACCACAGUCGCCCAAGGAACAGCAGCCUCGCCGCAAAAAUGCACCCGUCGAAUUUGGGAACAAGGACGAAGCCAUGGACCCAAAUGUUUCAGCAUCUGAUCAAGAGGUUCCUAAGCAUAAAAAGAUAUCAAAAACUGAGGCCGUGAUUGAACCAGUCGCUAGGGAUGUCUCCAUGGCCGAGCCAAAUGAGUCGUUACAUUCUAAGAAGGAAUCUUCACCAGCUAGUCUAAGUAAGCAGGAAAGCAAAAGGAAGCAAAAAAGAGGCUUAAGGAAGCCAUCUAGUGAUUCAGAUAGCGUUAAGACAACGAGCGAAUUCGAGAAGCAACGUCAGAUCAUAGAAAACCAGAAGGCACAGCUGGAAAGAAUGGGUAAGAAGAUCAGCGUUAUGCGACGAGGUCAGGAUCGUCGGGUUAGCUACAAGGGUCAUAACCCCUACAGCUCUGACCCGGACCUGGAGUCUAGGCCACCGAUGGACACCAGCUUCGAAAAGGACAGAACGGGGGAUUACCAGGGACUGGGCCAUCAGCGUCGCAAAGUAGUCGUGGCGCCGCCCUUCCAUCCGCCUAUCAAUCCACGAGUACGCGUGCCACGGCCACCUUUCGAUGGACGGGAUCAUGAGUUCCACACGAUGACUACCGCGCCAGUGGACAGACACCUUGCUCCGGCAGCUAAGUGGUCGUCUAUGCCCUCGACUCUGAAGCUGAAUCGCAACUCUCUGGUGGCCAACAUACAGGUCAAGCACUUUGCCGCUCUGCCCAGUCAGGCGAUGCCGAAACCCAUAUUGAAGAUGCCGAUGGGAGUGCCACGCACGAUUCUCUGCGCCUUGCAGUUGGGAUUGCUGGCCUCCUACCUCGCUUGCAGGAAGGACUAAUCCCUAGACUAGUAGCUCGGCUUUUCGAUUCCCCCAAUAGAAGCAUGAUCAGCUCUAAUGAAUAUAGAAUACUUUACUUUUUAAAAAAAUAAAUGGUGUUAGAUUCAAUCUAAAUAAAGGGUGUUAGAAUUCAUUUACAGA